AUAAAAUAGAGAGAGAGAGAGAGAUGAAGAUACAGUGCAACGUGUGCGAGGCGGCGGAGGCGAAGGUGCUGUGCUGCUCCGACGAGGCGGCGCUGUGUUUGGAGUGCGACGAGAAAGUCCAUGCCGCCAACAAGUUGGCCAGCAAGCAUCAGCGAGUUCCUCUCUCUUCUUCUUCCCCUCAUAUGCCUAAAUGUGACAUUUGCCAGGAAACUUCUGGGUUUUUCUUCUGCUUGCAAGAUCGAGCUUUACUCUGCAGAAAAUGUGAUAUUGCUAUACAUACAGCAAAUCCGUAUGUGUCUGGUCACCAGAGAUUUGUGCUUACCGGUGUAAAAGUUGGUCUCGAAACAACAACUGAUCCUGUUGGAUCUUCUUCCAAUGUCAAAUCACCUUGUAAUGGAAAUAUCACAGAAACUAAAUCCAAUUCUACAGCUAAAAUUGGGGCUCCUAUGACUUUUACGAGCAAAUACAAUGAGGUUCUUCCAUCAACUGUUGGAGUCGAGAGCAGUGUGCCUAUGAAAGUGUCGUAUGGUGGGGGUUCUACAGCUGGAAUCAUUCAACCAUGGCAAAUCGAUGAUUUAGUUGGGCUAACCGACUUUAAUCAAAGCAUUGGUUACAUGGAUCCUGAGUUAUCUAAGGCUGAUAGUGGCAAGCUUGGAGACUCCGACAGCUCAGCGAUCUUGCGUUCUACUGAGGAAAAUGUCUUUGAUGAUGAGUGCAUGGAUCAGGUGCCGGAUUCGUAUUGGGCAGUGCCACAAAUGCCUUCACCUCCUACAGCCUCUGGGCUGUAUUGGCCUAAAGAGACUCACAAUCAAUCUGAUAGCAUGGUAUUUGUUCCCGAGAUAUCCUGGUAUAGCGUGAAAAGCCCUUCCCAGUCGUCACAUAUUGGCUCCAUCCCUAAAAGGCGACGACAAGUUUAGAGUCAGAUCCAUCCUGUAGGACAUGCAUUUAGACUAAACUACUAAUGCUAGUUUCCGUCCUCCGAUUUUGGGAUAUGCCUCUUUCUUCCACUAUGUUUCAUAAGGUAAAAAACCAACACAGAUGGUGUACUAGAAA